CCACCUCUCCCUCUCUCUCUCUCUGAGACUCAGACUGACGCAGCUGCCGGUGGAUGUGAGUCCGUGUCCGGGCUGAGGCGGAUCUGUGUCUGCUCUCGGUGUGAAUGGGAUUAACGCCGGUUGUUCCGCGUCUCCUGUCGCUGCUGCUGGAGGAACCAUGCGUCCGCGGCUCCCCCCGGUGUCUCUCCUGCUGCUGCUGCUCGGACUCUGCAGCGGCACAAGUUUCCCAAGUAAUAUCAACAUAGGAGGCCUUUUCCCCACCGGCUCCCACGAGUACGAAGUUUUCCGCUUCGCGCUGGCGCAGCACCAGGACGUCCCGAAGCUGGUGCCUCAGGUGGACAUGGUGGACACGGGGAGCAGCUUCGCCAUGACCUACGCCUUCUGCUCCCAGUUCUCGAAGGGCGUGUACGCCAUCAUGGGCCUGUACGACCGGCGGACGGUCAACAUGCUGAUGUCGUUCUGCGGCUCGCUGCACGUCUGCUUCGUCACGCCGUCCUUCCCCGUCCAGACCAACAACCAGUUCGUCCUGCAGCUGCGGCCCGAGCUGCAGGAGCCCCUCAUGGCCCUGCUGGAGCAGCUCGACUGGACCCGCUUCGUGUACAUGUACAGCGCCGACUCAGGUCUGUCGGUGCUGCAGAGGAUCCUGGACACGGCGGCCGAGCGGACCUGGCAGGUCACCUCCGUCAACCUGGACGCGCUGACCGAGGCCGCCUUCGUCAAGCUGCUCACCGACCUCGACUUCAAGAAGGAGUUCCAGGUCAUCGUGGACUGCGAGCUGGAGCGACUCAACUCCAUCCUCAACCUGAUCGCGGCUCAGAAGAGAAACUUGAAGAACUACUAUUUCGUCCUGGCCAAUCAGGGCUUCAUGGACCUGAACUUCACCGAGAUCCAGAAGCUGGGGCCGAACGUGACGGGCUUCCAGCUGGUGAACUGGUCCGAUCCGGCGGUGGAGAAGAUCAACCAGGACUGGCUGGACUUCGACAGCAAAGACCUGAAACUGUCCCGAAGGAGCCUCAGGUACACAGGGGCUUUGACCUACGACGGUGUCAGCGCCAUGGCAACGGCUUUCCACAACCUGCGGCGGCAGCGGAUCGACAUCUCUCGCCGCGGCAACGCAGGGGAAUGUCUGGCCAACCCGCCCGCCCCCUGGGGACAGGGCAUCGACAUCCAGAGGGCCCUGCAGCAGGUGCGUCUCGAGGGGCUGACGGGUCAUGUUCAGUUUGACGAGCGAGGACAUCGCACCAACUACACCCUGAGUGUGAUGGAGCUCAGCCACACCGGACCCAGGAAGAUCGGCUACUGGAACGAGAGGCGGGGCUACGUGAACACUGCCAUCUACAGGCCGGUGGUGGAGGAGUUCUACGGUCUGCAGAACAGAACCUACGUCGUCACCACCAUCCUGGAAGCUCCCUACAUGAUGCUGAAGAAGAACCACGAGCAGUUUGUAGGGAACGAACGCUACGAAGGUUACUGUGCCGAACUGGCCGCAGAGAUCGCCAAACACGUCGGCUUCAACUACCGCCUGGAGCUGGUGGGCGACGGCAAGUACGGGGCCAGAGACGCCGAAACCAAGUUGUGGAACGGCAUGGUGGGAGAACUGGUGUACGGGAAGGCCGACGUGGCGGUCGCCCCGCUCACCAUCACGCUGGUGCGAGAGCAGGUGAUCGACUUCACCAAGCCCUUCAUGUCCCUGGGAAUCUCCAUCAUGAUCAAGAAACCCACCAAGUCCAAACCGGGCGUCUUCUCCUUCCUCGACCCGCUGGCCUACGAGAUCUGGAUGUGCAUCGUCUUCGCCUACAUCGGGGUCAGCGUGGUGCUGUUCCUGGUGAGUCGAUUCAGUCCGUAUGAGUGGCAAGGAGACGACUCUGAUGACGAAGACGAGAACCUGCCCUCCUCUGCCUCUCGACGAGCUCCGCCCACUUCAUACUCUGAGUUCGCUCCAGGGUACUCCCAGACUCAGGCCCAGAACCAGAACCAGAACCAGCAGAAAGAAAAGGAGACGCCUGAAUACACCAACGACUUUGGGAUCUUCAAUUCUCUGUGGUUCUCCCUCGGGGCCUUCAUGCAGCAGGGCUGCGACAUCUCGCCCAGGUCUCUCUCAGGUCGAAUUGUUGGAGGAGUUUGGUGGUUCUUCACCCUCAUCAUCAUCUCUUCCUACACCGCCAACCUGGCAGCCUUCCUCACCGUGGAGAGGAUGGUUUCCCCAAUAGAGGGCUCAGAGGACCUGGCCAAGCAGACUGAGAUCUCCUACGGCACCCUGGACGGAGGCUCCACUAAAGAGUUCUUCAGGAGGUCAAAGAUUGCAGUUUUUGAGAAGAUGUGGUCGUACAUGCGGAGCACAGACCCCUCGGUGUUCGUCAGGAACACGGAUGAAGGCGUGAUACGGGUCAGGAAGUCGAAGGGGAAGUACGCCUACCUGUUGGAGUCCUCCAUGAACGAGUACAUCGAGCAGAGGAAGCCCUGCGACACCAUGAAAGUCGGAGGCAACCUGGACUCCAAAGGCUACGGAGUGGCCACGCCCAAAGGAUCGCCGCUCAGAAACCCUGUUAACUUGGCAGUGUUAAAACUGAACGAGCAGGGCCUGUUGGACAAAUUGAAAAACAGAUGGUGGUAUGACAAGGGCGAGUGCGGCACCGGGGGAGGGGACUCCAAGGACAAGACGAGCGCGCUCAGCCUGAGCAACGUGGCCGGAGUGUUUUACAUUCUGAUCGGUGGGCUGGGGCUCGCCAUGCUCGUGGCGCUGGUCGAGUUCUGCUACAAGUCCCGGAUCGAGUCGAGAAGGAUGAAGGAGCUCAUAGACGCCGCCAUGAUGAGCACCAGCCGCGGGAUGGCGGGAGGAGGAGGAGGAGGAGGCGGCUUAGGAGGAGGAGGAGGAGCGUCGGCACUCGGAGGCGAGAACGGCCGCGUGGUGGCGCAUGACUUCCCAAAAGCCGGAGCUCAAGGUUUACCCUGCAUGAGCAAGUCGGCCGGCCUGGGAAUGUCCUCCACAGGCAUGUGAUCAAAAUCCGACACUCCCGAUUGGACAGAACGCUCCUGUCCGUCUGUCUACCUGUCUGUGUCUGCCGGUGAGGAAGGUAAGGAGAGAAAUGAAGGAGCAAAAAGAUGGAGGAGAAGAAAUGGAUGAGGGACGGAGGGAGGAAAGAUGAGAGAAUGAGAAGAGGGUAGAAGGAAUGAGAGAAGAUGGAGAGGAGAAGAAAGGAGGAGAUGGGAGGAUAAAGAAGAAGGCGAUAUAAAUGGAGAUAUGGGGGAAAAGAACAAAUGAGAGCAGAAGAAAGAGAAGGAAAGGAGAGAUGAAGGAUGGGGGGAAGAAACAGGAGAGAAAAAGAGGGCCCCCCUUCUAAAAAACAAAAAAGGAGGAUAAGGGGAGGAGGAGGAGAGCGACAUAAAUGAGAGGGACGAAGCGGAAGGGAUGAAAGAAAGGAAGAAGUGAUCGGUGGUGAAAGA